UUGCCUUCCAAUUAUUCUCCUGCAACUGUCUAAUAUCUCAUAGUUAGGAUGGAAGAUCAUGAAAAACUGGUCCCCGAGCAGUUAGUACAACCGACAACUACAAAUGACUCAGUGGCGACUUCGGAGCCCACUCAGCCUGGCCCAUAUCAGGCUUCGAAGGAGAAUCAAAAGGAAAGUUUGAUGAAGAAGUUGGAGCAAAUACCAUUAAAACAGCUUAAGGAGAUCAUAACGAAUCAGAUCGACCUAGAAAUAAGAUUAAAGCAUCAAGAGUUGAAGCUCACAGAGUCUGAAAUUGGCAAGAUAGAGUCGCAAAUGCUAGUCCUUCGUAAGUUCUUCGAUAUACCGAAUGAUUUAAAGAUCAGCAGCGAGCCUAACGAGUUUACCUUAAAGUACUUUGAUGUGUUAAACAAGUCGUUGGCAGUAAGAUUCAAUGAUUUACAAAGACAGCAGCUGGUAGGCUUCGGAGAUCCACACUAUAGUGGAUUCAACGAUAACGUUGGAUAUUCACAUGAUGGCUCCGGUGCACCAUUUCAACAAGGAGGGGGAUAUAGAACAAGAUCUACUACAUCCUCAUUGAGGCCUUCAUAUUCAUCAGUCUCUGGUCCCUCAGGCCAGUCAGUUAAUAAAUUGAACCAUCAAAAUCUCGGAUGUCUAUACCGAAGAACAGACGGCAUUAUCGUCAAGUUAACAUGUCCCGAUUGUCAAAGAAGUAACUUUUCCUCAGCCCAAGGAUUUCUCAAUCAUAGCAGAAUAGCUCAUGCUAAAGAGUAUACCUCGCAAGAUGCUGCUGCAUUAAAGUGUGGAGAAAUAUUACCACAAAUUAAGCAAGACCCGGAGGGAGAAGCAAGCAUUCAGAGCUUAAAGGAUAAAAACCUAGAUCCCAACAAGAACUUGAAUGUCAAUGAGAUCUAUUUCAAUGGUUUGAGCAAUACAUUAAACACAGUUCACGACAGUAUAUCGAAACCAUCGCAAGUCGAUAAAAAAUCACCUUCUGUGGAAGCAAAAUCAAACUCUGACUCGCCCAAACCAGCUAGCACUCCAAAAGAAAGCGAGUUGCUCAAAAAGGUGAUCAAAGAAGGUAAAAUAAAAAAAGAAGAUUAUCAGCAAAUGAUUGCUGAAGCUAAAGAAACCAUCCCUAAUGCUCAUCUCUUCGAGAACGAAGUAGACGAGGAUGAAUCCAAUACAGACUUGACCCCGCCAGCAGAGCAAACGGAUUUGAGAAGCAAGUUGAAGAGAAGAACUUCUAGAGGAGGAAUUAACAUAAGC